AUGCGAACGUCUGCAUUCUUUCUAAUAGCCACAACUUUGUCAGUAAGCGAUGCUUUCCUAUUUAAUCUUCUCGGAUUAGGAGGAGGAGGAGGAUGUGGUUGUGUAUGUUGCCCGGCUCCUCCACCUCCGCCUCCGCCUUGUGUAUGUCCUGCACCACCACCAUGCCCUCCACCAUGUCCUGCUCCACCACCACCAAUUCCAUAUCAUCGGCCACCGUCGUACUACCCACCACCACCACGUUACGCGAUUCCUCCGAGCAAAUACGUUGGGAAGUAG